GACAUCCGCACAUGCUCGAAUGUGCUGUUGUGUCCUCCAACGCCGGUGGUAGAACUAAGCAGAAUUCUUGUCAAGCUUGAUAAAAGAAUAAUUCAUAUUCACGACAGUUACCGGAAAUUAUAUCGAUAUAAAUUGCUGAAAUGGAAGAAUAUGCCCGCGAACCCUGCCCAUGGCGUAUUGUUGGUGACUGUGGUGGUGCAUUCACAAUGGGCAUCAUUGGUGGAGGUGUCUUCCAGGCUGUUAAGGGUUUCAGGAAUGCACCAAGUGGCUACAGACGACGAUUUGCUGGCAGCUUUCUUUCAGUGAGACAACGAGCACCCAUCAUUGGGGGGCAGUUUGCUGUGUGGGGAGGACUCUUCUCUACCAUUGACUGCUCUCUUGUUUACAUGAGACAGAAGGAAGAUCCUUGGAAUUCUAUCAUGUCGGGGGCUGCCACCGGUGGUAUUCUUUCUGCCAGAGCCGGUUUGGGAGCGAUGGCAGGGUCAGCCCUGCUGGGUGGCGUGUUGCUGGCCAUGAUAGAAGGCAUGGGCAUCAUGAUCACGCGCUUCACAUCGGAACAGUUCAAACCCGUCGGGCCUGGCGAGAUGAACGAUCCGGGCGUUCUGGGUCCGCCUCCUGCUCUUGGUGGCAUCUCCUCCGAACACAAUAGCUAUCAAUAGACCUUGUAUAUAUAUUCUUAGGAAUUUUUUUUAGAUGUCAC